AUGGCCGUCAACGUUGCGUCAAGCGGCAGUGCCCUCAACAACGUCGGCAACGUAGUGCACGGCCAGGAUCGAUUCGAAGAGCUCGUGCAGGCGCUCAAGGACGUCCUUGGCCCGUCGUCUGGCUUGACGUCCGAGGAUAUCGACGUGCGAACCCUGAUGGAACUGAUGCAAGCCUAUGACGCCAGGGACAUGCAUUGGUCCAGGUAUGCAUUCGGCGACGCCAGCAGAGGAUACACUCGUAACCUCGUCGACGAGGGCAAUGGCAAGAGCAACUUGCUCGUACUCGUCUGGUCUCCAGGAAAGGGCAGCCCCAUCCACGACCACGGAAAUGCGCACUGCAUCAUGAAGAUCUUGCGCGGAGAGCUCACGGAGACGCGCUACGUCUUUCCAGAGAAGAACGAGCCCGAGGGACCCAUGACUGUCCUCGCCGAGAAGACAUAUCAAGAGAACCAAGUCACGUACAUGGCUGACGAGCUUGGCCUCCAUCGAGUGUCCAACCGCGGCAGCGACUUCGCUGUCUCGCUGCACCUGUACACUCCCCCCAACGUCGCAAAGGAGGGCUGCCACAUCUUUGACGAGAAGACUGGCAAGAGAAGCCAUGUGCCCGGCUGCAUGUACUUCUCGGCAUACGGUCGCCUGUUGAAAGAGUAG